AUGAAUCGUUCGUCCGCGUUGGUCAAGAUCUACGGCAUGGAUCUGGAAGAAAGGUCGCUCGUUUUUGGUCAACAUCCUCGCGUCGAGGCUCGGCUCGUUUCGUUGUACUGGAUCAUUUUUCGCUCGGCCCCGACGGCUCAACAAGCCAGCACCCGAGACUCAGCCGAGGGAGGACAAUCAGGUGCUGUCCGGCUUCACGCUUGUGACGCCGCUCGUGCCCGGCCGCAGCUUGCCCUGUUAGUCCCUGGGACCUCUAUCUCUGGCUUGGAUCCUCUCCCUUGGCCCCUCGGGUGUAUUCCCCUCCUCUCUUUUGUUUCUCUAGGCGCUCUUGCCUGGUUUUCGAGUAUCUUCGCUCCUGCUCAGCUCUUGGGACGUGAAGCGGCAGCAGUACUCAACCGCCCGUUGGAGUCCGCGUUAG